AUGGACGCUCAGGAUGUUUUUCAAGAUAUGCCUCUCAUAUCCCCCACUAUAUCGCCUAGCAAGGCAAUAUCGAUAAAUGGUAACGGAAUACAAGGUCACAAGCUCGAGAGAGACCAACUUCCGGAAACAUUGCCUUCCGUGGAGUGCGUGGCUCGUGCUAGGAUCCCAACUACCCAGGGUCCUGAGAUAUUUCUGCAUUUGUACUCCAACAACGUCGACAACAAGGAACAUUUGGCCAUCGUCUUUGGAGAAGAUAUCCGAUCGAAGUCGCUAUUUAAACGUCGGCCGGGCGAGACACAGCAUGACAGAAUGACCAGAGGAGCAUAUGUCGGCAAACUCCGGCCUGGCAGAGACAUCGCUGACAGGGACGAUGUGCUCGGAAUCGAGCUGAAAUUCGACGAGGACGGAAACAUGGUCAACGAAACCCAGUUGAAAGAGCCGGUUUUGGUCCGUAUUCACUCGGAAUGCUACACAGGAGAGACUGCCUGGUCGGCCAGAUGCGACUGUGGCGAACAAUUUGACGAAGCUGGUCGUUUGAUGGGUGAGAACGGCCAUGGAUGUAUUGUCUACCUGCGACAGGAGGGCCGUGGUAUAGGAUUGGGAGAAAAAUUGAAGGCUUACAAUCUGCAGGACCUCGGAGCAGACACCGUCCAGGCCAAUUUGAUGCUGAGACACCCUGCCGACAAGAGAAGUUUUUCGCUGGCUACCGCUAUUCUGCUCGACUUGGGACUGGUCGAGAUCCAACUUCUCACUAAUAAUCCCGAUAAAAUAGUUGCCGUAGAGGGCAAGAACAGAUCUGUCAAGGUGGUGAAACGGAUACCUAUGAUUCCGCUCGCAUGGCAGCAGGAAAAUGCCGGAAUUAAAUCUAAGGAAGUGGAAGGCUAUUUGCGUACUAAAGUUGAGAAGAUGGGCCAUCUGCUUACCACACCCGACGUUUGA